AUGUUGGACUCCCUCUCACCAGUGACAUACUUCGAAGACAACCGGUAUCACUAUGCCACCUCGUACGCUAUAGCUGUUAAGGCAGCUGCAACGGCGGCGCCUACGUUCUGUAUGGCUUACAAAACAGCCGGCUACAUCCAAGACCUGGAGGAAGAGUACAGAGGGAAGGAUGUCGCGAAUGUAAGCAAUAUGCUUGGAGAGUGGGAUACGGGCUCACAAGAGUGCAGGUGCCACGAAGUGGCGCCAUACGACGACUGGGAGGAAUUGUUCGGAGCGUACUACGCAACCAGCAGUUCCGAAGAUGAAGAUGAAGCGUGGGAUGCCUCUUCAUAUUCUUCGGGCUGCGACCCCAUCGACGGAGAUUUGAUCGUACUCCAUGCCUCCGACUCUUGUUCGGUGCCACACAUAAUCCUCACACCCGCGCCGCCACAAGACCCCUUCGUUGGAUACGCAAACUAUGUCAACGCGAGGAUGCCUCAGGAUCCUUCGUACUUGACGACUCCUGAAAUCAGGUGCACGUACUCUCGGCUUGAUGAAGACGAUGUCGACUGCGGCGAGCUCUUGGAAGAAAGCGAGGAUGACGAGUCGGCAGAUGAAGAUUGCUCGGGAUGGGAAGAAGAGAGCACGCCCAGGAAUUGCGUAUCCAGGUCAAGAGUUGACGGUGUCAAGGGCCUCCCUGAUUGGGACAUCGGUCUUGUCACUGUCAGCGUCGCGCCGGUGGAUUUUGAAGACGAAGCAGGACUUCCGUCAGGCUCCGCGGGCACGCACACGCAUGCACGAUGGAUAGCAUCGACCUACUAG